AUGGAUUUAAUUUCGGAUUUCCGAAAGGCUAAAAAGAAAGCAGCAUCAUCUACUGAUGCGAGGAAACGGCGGACCGCUGAUGAACGUCCUGCGGUCCCGACUGUUGACACUAAGGGGAUCGACUCGUUGUUCGCCAGGAAAGUCCCCGGCUCGGGAGGAGCUGCAGUAGAAGCGGGGUCUCAAGUUUUACUUGGGGGUGCCUCAACAGGAGUGGAUGUGAUGGUAAAGGGUGGAAGGGAUGGUAUGAGGGAGGAGGUCACCAUUGCUCGAGUGGGGAUAUGCGAUAAAUGGAUUUACCAGUGUUUAUCUGGGUUGUGUGGCGAUGUUGUUGCUGUUGUUAUUGUUAAUAUUAUUAUUGUUGUUGUUGUUGUUGUUGUUAUUGUUGCUAUUGUUGUUAUUGUUGUCAUUGCUGUUAUUGUUGUUAUUGUUGUUAUUGUUGUUGUUGUUGUUGUUGUUGUUGUUGUUGUUGUUGUUGUUGUUGUUGUUAUUGUUGCUAUUGUUGUUAUUGUUGUCAUUGCUGUUAUUGUUGUUAUUGUUGUUAUUGUUGUUAUUGUUGUUGUUAUUGUUGUUGUUGUUGUUGUUAUUGUUGUUAUUGUUGUUAUUGUUGUUGUUAUUGUUGUUAUUGUUGUUGUUAUUGUUGUUGUUGUUGGUGUUGGUGUUGGUGUUGUUGUUGUUGUUGUUGUUGUUGUUGUUGUUGUUGUUGUUGUUGUUGUUGUUGGCAGGACGGGUAUGUGCCUAGUGGGGACUUCCACAGGGAAUGUUAAAGUAGUUGAUGCGAGUGACGCUGGUCGGCCUUAUCUGACUACUCUAGUUUUGGAUAAUGCUAGUGGGGGUGCUGGCAUGGUCACGGUCUUAGCCUCUAAUAAGGAGGGAUCAAUAUGGAUGAUCGGCAAUGAAAAGUCCCCGGUUCGAUUCUACUCCCCGUCAAGUAGAGGAUGGUUGACUGACCAAAAGGCCGGCAUUAACGCUGCCCUUCACGGCGCUAGCUGUAUUGCUGCUUGCGAAUUCCAACCAAACGCGUGGCUGACAGUUUGGGUGAAUCCAGAGAACGACUUGUGGAUGGAAAUGCCUAAUGGCACUUCUAUCGAUUUCCCUCGAGAAGCCGAAACCGUUUUUGAUAUAAUGUUCCGGAGGGAUGGUAUCAUAUCGGUGGCGACCUCACUCGGCGAGUUCCACUUCGAUGCGGCUACCGGUAUCCUGAAAAUUGCCCGGUCAACCGAUUCAGAAGCUGCCAAUCGGACCUCAUCUGAACCUUAUGAAGUUGUUGCUGCGCAAUUUGACAGGGCGAGCGAAAAGUUGAUCACGUUGAUGGAAGCCAAAACCGGACAGCUGGAAGUUUUCGGGUUCGUUCGGGAGCUCUCGAUGCGUCCUUGGAGGUCAACGAGCCGAAGUGUGGUGUGUGAGUUGCCUAAGGGAGUGGCAACAGAGAAAGUGUUGAAGAAGUUGUGUAAAGAUGCCGCCACUGAGAUUCGAACCUGGGACCUCGGCAGAUGGGAAGGAGUGAUCCUAUGUGGCGGUCAGCAUGGACUGCGUUGUUACAUCUACUCAGCUCGACAGGUCUCCAUCCUUUUCACUUUACCCUCCGAUAAGCCUAUCACCGCCCUUUGUUCUGAUCUCAGCGUUGGUACCAUCUACGCGGGCUAUUAUGAUGGCUCGGUUUUGUCACUCGCCACGAAAUCUAAGGUCUACGACUCCGACGAGCUCAUUCAUGCCCUUCAAGCGAUCGGCAACUACCUCAUCAUAACGACCGAUAGCGGUCGGCGUGUCCAAGUCGACCAACGUUUGCUCAUUGCAAAUGCGGCUCCUAAAGUGGACCUGGCUACUGUAGAUGGUCUCGUUGCGCAAUUCCCUGGGAUAACGGUUCGCCGCUUUGGGUUGGUGGAAUCGCAGAAGUGGACAGUUUUGGCGUGUGAGGGAGGCGAUAUAGUGGCGGCUCGAAUUGUCGAGGACGCUGGGACGGGUUUCGGUCGAUGUUUAGUAGUUGCCAAUGAGGAGGGUGUAGUUGAACUGAUACGAUGUGAAGAUGGUGUGGUUGUUGGUCGAGGAAUACCCGAUGAGGAUCCUAUAUUCGUUUGGGUUACCACUGGUGGACGAAUCUUGCGGUUUUACAGUCAAAUGUCUAGGGUCAGUAUCUCGAUUUUCACUAUUGACGAGGCGAGGGAUGAUGAAGCUGAAGUCGUGCUAGCUCAGCGAGCGUAUCACUCUCGAUUAGAAGUGUUGGAGUCCACCAUGGAGGUCACUUCGAGGCUGCAGGAGCAGAUACGUCAGGGGGCUGUGAUAGAAGCUAGUCAGAGAGCGGCUAGUAGGGCGGUCGCUACUGCUAGCAGUACCUUCGGCCACAUUAGGGAUAAACUGAUGGGGGCGAAGGCAGCUUCUGAAAAUGGUGUUUCGAUGAGAGUUUCGAUGGAGGAUAGUACUUCAGUGGGAUCAACGGCGAAAGAUACGAAAGAUAUUCUUGGGCGUGCGCGGGCGCAGAUCGCAAACAACCAGGAGAAGCUCGCGGGUAUUCAGGCGAAGUCGGCUGAGAUGAGUGAACAAUCUGAAGAGAUGUUGAGGCUGGCGAGAGGCGUGAAUAAGAAACAACAUAAAAAGUGGAUAUUUUUCUGA